GGGAAAUUCAUUGGACUUAUCCAGUCAAAAGGCCUCAUGAAGACAUUGGAAAGUUGCGCAUACGCCGUCCAUCAAAGCCCUUGGUCCAUAAAGAAUUGAAGUCUGGAAUUCUACAGCUUGAAGUUGCCAAUCGGUUCAAUCACUAUUCGCAUUUCCUCUUGAGACCAUUGCGCCGCCAUUCACCGUCUGCCAUUCCUGCCUUGUCAUGCGCAACAUUUGGCUUGAGACUUCCCGGCUGUUCGAUAUGCCUCGGUGAGGCCACUUUCGAAAUGCGCAGGCUUCAGACAUGACUGAGCCACGUCGUGUCCCCUUCGAGGCGCAAAGCGCAUCAAAAGACCCCAGACUGAGGAGGACGACUUCUUACAACACGACUGAAGCCGUUUACAGCCCAAGACAGGAAAGAAAGGACGCACUGAGCGCAAGAGAGGGUGCUUCGACGUUCGCGGACACACGGCGGAGAAGUGAUGGCAACGCCGUCAAGCCUUCUGGUCAAGAAAUUGACCAGAAUGACUCGGUGAAAGCUCUGCGUACACUCAUUUCAAGCGCCGUCAGCGGAGGACUUGUCAGACGGAAACAAGACUACUUUGAGCGGGAGCUGAAGGUGGCGCGCGAUCACUAUGAACGUACUCAGCGCGAGUCCAAACACCACCCCAUUGUGAUUGCGCAAGCAGAGCAAGACCUCAAACGAAUCGAGACAUCAUAUAAGUCCACCAAGCAAGAGGCGGAUGAGUAUGCUGCAAAAGAAAGCACAGUUGCGAACGAUGUCCUGCGUCUCUUCGUCGGACUUACGGCCAAUCCUGCAGUUGAGACCCUGAAUACCGAAGUCCGCGCACUGAAACAUGAAGUGGCGUCUGUCCAGGCGAGCCAAAUUUCGGAAAGAAAGCACGCUGAAAAAACGAAUCAGGACCUGGUCAAAGUCUCUGCGGAGAAUAGCGGCCUGCUCAGUCGCGUGACCGACUUGGAGGACAUAACCAGGAGACAGGAAGAGGACUUGAAGAACCUAAAGCACAUCCGGCAGGACGUUGAGGCUCUACGAAAAGAUCUCACUGAGCAGAAAGAAGCACGGAGAUCUAGUAAAUCGGUGGAGCAACUCUCAGACUUCGAAGCCUUCCGAAAGAGUAUUCAACUUAAGGCGAAGAAUACUCAGGAUGGUUUGGAAGCGGUCGAGAAAAAACUUUCUCUACUACAGCAUGAUGUCUCAGGACAGAAGGCUAACGCGAGUCUCGUCCAAGAGCAGCUCUCCAAGCUCAGCGAUCUCAAGGAUGAGAUAGCGAAGCUCAGAAAAUCGGACGAGGGGCGGUCUAAGGCCAUUGCCUCUCUACACCAAGACUUCAUCAAGCAGCUGGCAGAUUUGAAAGACCUGCGCAAUGAUAUGGCCGAGCUAAAGGGGGAAGUGGCCAAGUCGCUGGUUGAGCACAAAGCAACGUCCCUGAAUGAUCUAGCACAACAAGUCGACGAUAGGAUGGCACAAGUGAGUGUCGAAUCCGACCUCGCACAUGCGCGACACACCAAUGUUUUCAACGAAGUACAGCGCAUCGAAAGAGACUUCCGCUCUAAAAUCGAAUCUCUGCAGCAAGACCUCAAGAACGUGGCAGGGGCAUCGCUAACACAACCAACAGCAUCCGCAGCCAUCUCAGAUGAGACAGUCGCUGCUCUUACACAGAGGCUUGGUGUACUAGAAGGCCAAAUCACUGACCUGCAGAAGGGCCUAGAGAUUCAGAGACACCAUUUCCAAUCCCUCGAUCAUCGGUUCAAUAACCUGGAUACUAUGAAACUUUAUCAACGAAUACUGCAGGUGGUGGCGCCUUCUUUGCCUAAGUUUGAGCAGAGAUUAGUCAACGUGACGGAGAAAGUAGAGCAGAUCGAGCAUAAGAUUGAACAUCCCGAACCAAAGCUUGACACCCGGGUCGAGCAACCUCAGAGAUCUGAGUUUGCUGAAGAGACACUUACCCUGAAGGCCCAGCAAGAGUCUCUGAAGACCCAGCAAGAGUCUUUGGCUCAAGAGUUCCGUGAAGGUCGGGACAAAAUCAAGGAAGAGAUUCACGAGAUCCUUGUUGCGCGCAUGAAGUCGGCGAAUGAUGAAUCAAGUUAUCGUGACACGACAAAGACCAAGUUGAAGGAGAUCCAAGUCCAGAUCAGUGACUUGCGCCAAGCGAUCUCGCAGACUGGCAGCAGCAAGAGGGGUACGCCCGAUUCCGACUUGACUGGCUUCAGUAUUAAGGGUCGAAGCCAGGCUACGUCUGGGCUCUCUCGCAGGACGCCUCAGGGACAGUCGAAACACGAGCAGCCGACGUCUCAAAACGCGAGGCCCAAUGGCAGGGAGGAUGAUGAAAUCAGUGGCGAUGAAUUGGUCCCGGACGAGGUGGAGGCGUCUGCUCUACUUGAAAAGUUCAAACGACCGACGACGAGCUCUAGUCAUACUUCUAGAGAGGAUAGUACAGGACGAACACCAACCAAAAGAAAGCGUUUUGAAAGGGACAAUUCUCAAGAACCUACUAUCGCCGAGUCUGAUGACGAGCCGCCAAGUAGGUCUCGGCGCAGAGGCAAGAGAUGAGACAAGAUCUUGUCUCGAUGCACGAUGCAGUAUUCUUCUGAGGUCUUGAAGAUUCGCCCCAAAACACACCGUGCUCGUGUCUGGAACAUGGCCUCUGGUGGCAAUUCUGUGUGUUUUGCAAAUAGUACGAUGAUACCCAUGUAUAUGUAAUAUGGCUACGGAGGAUGCUCUCCAUUAUCAAUGAACAAAGAUCCGUCUUGCUGACUACAGCACAUCCUUGCAGAUGGGGGUGACUUUGGUGCUAAUGCUAC